AUCGCAAGCACAAACGCCGGCAGCAUGGCGACAGCCACCCUCUACCGCUCGCACUCGGCCGAACCGGACAUUCGGCUCGAAGACUAUCUGGACGACAAGCUCCAGUCCACCGCAGACCUCGACACAUUAGACAGCCUGCUCGCAAACGUCGAAGUCCAGCGAAGCCAGCUCCAAGCACAGCUCGACGAUGCCACGAAAGAGCUCGAGUCCGCGCGGCGAGCCGGGCAGGACCGGCAAGGCGGCCUGCAGAGAUCCAUUCAAGAAUUUGAGGAGCUCCAGCAGAGCAUAGACUCGCGCAUCGAGGCCGUCACAAACUCGCACGCCCCCGACGAGGCGAUUCGACGACUCGAGGGCCCCAUGGCCCAGCUGCACAAGGUCGAAUUGGCCCAUCGCUAUGUGUCGCUGCUCCAGGAUGUCGAGAACAUGCGUAGCGAGGCGCGAUCGCACCUGCCACAAGAUCCUAAGGCAGCUCUCCUGCCGUACACGAGGCUCAAGAAGCUUGGGAGCCGCCUUGAGGAACUUCGCGAAGGGGCAGACGAAGCCGCAACCCACCUCGUUGGCUAUGUCAAGGGGAUAUACGAGAGCCUCUGGAACGAGAUGAAGAGCAUCAUGGCGAAAGAGAUGGAGGGCCUGCUCACAAAGCGCGGGUGGUACCACGGUGGUGUCGACCCGCGCAGCGAAAUGGACGAGGAGUGGCUGGAGUGCUUCGAAAAGCUCAUUGACCUGCAAGUCCCUGAGAUUCUCUACUCGGACACUACCUUGCCGCUCCUUCCAUUCGAAGUCAUGGUCAAGCCGUUUGUGCAGUGGUUUCGCUUUCAAUUCAUGAGCGAAAACCCAACCAGCUCACCUCAGAAUUUUGGCACCUUCUGCGUUCCGCAGUUUCUGUCCUUGCUGGAGAAAUGGGAGGACUUCUUUCGCGAGAACGUGAGCUACAUCCUAGCCUCAAGAUAUGGCGACACCAGGGUCAAGGAUAUGUCAGUCUACAGAGAUCCCGCGUGUGCACUGAUUACUGCUAUGCUUCCUGUUGUCCGCGAGAAGAUCAACAGUGUCGUUCAGCACGGUCUGCGCAACCCUCAAUUCUUCAGUAGCUUGAUCACCCAGCUCUUGGAUCUGGACGAUGAGCUCCGCAGCAGAUUCGAUUACGACGGGGGUGACCCCUUACGCGGCUGGGGGGGCUUAACUUCCGAAGUGCUCGACAAGUACUUUGACUUCUGGCUUACUGCGGAGAAGGAAUUCGCCCUGGAACGCUUCCAGGUCAUCUUAAGCUCCGCUGAUGCUAGAAACAUCGAUUACGAUUAUAGCUGCUUGGGAAAGAUGAAGCCGACAUUUGCGGCCGUGCGCAUCACGGACCUGCUCAAGUCUGUCACGACUCAAUACGAUCGCAUCCGCAGGUUCUCGCACAAGCUCCGCUUCCUGAUUGAUAUCCAACUAGAGAUCCUCGACCGGUACCACGAUCGCUUGCGAGACUCGCUCGAGGCAUAUUCGGCAAUUACUUCGACUCUCGGACGAACACUCCAUGGUGUCACCAAGGAGCAAUUGUCCGCUUUGGAGGGCACAGGAGCUCUUGAGACUUUAUGCAAGGUCCUUGGCAGUACAGACCAUAUUAUCGCCACACUCGAGAUCUGGAGUAACGAAGAGUUCUUCGUCACGCUCUGGGACAAGCUGCAGUCGCGGGCUACCAAUACCACCAACGAGGACAACCUGGCUGGCGGCCUUAGCUACGAGCAGGUGAAGGACCGGACAUCCUCGUCUGUCGGUCUCGAAGGUGACACGGGUAUUCUAUUCGACGAGACCAUUACCUCCUACAGCAAUCGACGAAAAGCUGCGGAGGCAUACCUCGUAUCAGCCCUCGUUUCGUCCCAUCAGAAGGCAUUCCGACCUUACUUGUCAAAGACUGAGUGGAGCAUCAUUGGCGACGAUUCCGAUGUCGAUGUCGCCCAACUCAGCAUCACUGCUGAACUUGACGAGCCGCUCCGCACCAUGAAGCAGAACUUCGAGUUCCUUCAAUCCGCCCUAAGCACAACCGUCUUCCGCCGCGUCUGGCGCGAGGCCCUCGACAAGCUGUCCGACAUGCUCUGGGAGAGCGUGCUGAUGGGGUACACCUUUACCACGCUUGGUGCGGCGCAGUUCAUGCGCGACCUCAACGCCCUCACGGCCCUCGUGGACCGGUACAUCCCUGGCACAGGAGCCUCCGCUUUGAGCACUAUCCUCGAAGGUGCUACGAUUUUGAAUCUGCCCUUGCAGACUGGUCAGGGAGGUGGCACGACAUUGGGACUGCAGGAGGCUAGUGAUCGGUUCUUCAAGGACAACACAGAAGCCAAGGCGGCGCUAGAGGAAUUGGGUAUCGAGACGCUCACACCUGCCCAUGCGAGACAGAUUGUGCAGAAGAGAGCAGAGAAUCAGACUUAAGCUGUAUUCUACCUUGUCAAUUUGAGACAAUCCAUUUCAGAGACCUGGACUUCCUCGGCGGGUUGUUUUCGUCAGUCCUAGCAGACUGGAUGUUGUGGACCAGGCUCAAUAGAGGUGAAAUGACUAGUACGUGAUUCAAGCUUGUAAUUAUGCUUUGCUUCGGGAUAUGCAGGUUUUUUUGGGCGUCGUUCGUCAAGGAAGCCAGUUCACUACCUGAACAAUCACAUCAAGCAUCGAAAAAGAUGGUACGCGAGAUUGGCGGGGCAUUCUAAGACUG